AUGGAUACUGUAGUUGAAACUAUAUACACAGAAGCUAAAGAAUCUGAAUUAAUGAAGAAAACAGUAACUAGUGAUGAUGAAGCAUAUAAUUUGUACAAUGAUUAUGCUUUUAAGAUUGGUUUUAGUAUAAGGAAGGGAAAUGUAAGAACAGUUGGUAAGACAUCUGUUUGGCGAAGUAGGAGAUAUGUAUGUUCACGUGCUAGUUUGAAGAAUGACUCUAAGAGGCAUGUGAGGAAGUUUGAGAAGUUAGAUUUUCGUACAAAUUGUGGCGCUUUUGUGGAGUUUAUUAUUGAUCUAGGUGUAUGGACUGUUGUGGAUCAUCAGAUGGAACAUAAUCAUCCUUUUAUACCAAUUGACAAAAGACAUUUGUUAAGGUCUCAAAGAAAUGUGAAUAAAGAGCAAUUGAAAUACAUAAGUGUAAUGAAGGCAAGUGGUGUUAGGGUAACUGAUUCACUACGUCUUUUGUCCAAAGAAGUUGGUGGUUCGCUGAAUCUUGGGUGUACUCGAAAGGAUAUAUACAAUGCUUUGACUACUGAAAAGGCCAAUAGACUUGAUGGCUCGGAUUGUAAUCAAUUGAUCAAGUAUUUUGCUCAAAGGCAAGCAAAGGAAGCUGAUUUCUAUUAUGAGUUUGAGGUAGAUGAAGGAAAUUCCCUUACUUGUGUUUUUUGGAGAGAUGGAAGAAUGAAAAGGGAUUAUGAACACUUUGGUGAUUUGAUGGUUUUUGACACUACUUAUAGAACAAACAAGUAUGGCAUGAUAUGUGCCCCUUUUGUUGGUAUGAAUCACCAUUGUAACAAUGUCAUGUUUGGGAUGGGAUUUGUUCUAGAUGAGUAA